UAACGUAUUUGGGAAAUUAUUACCUGCAUAUAAGAGGCCUAACUUAUUUCCAUGGUUAGCUUACGGCUACUAUAAAUUAAAUGAAUGAAAAUUUUAGACUAAACCCAGAAAGAAAAAACAUCAAAUCCAUGGCUUCUCUUUGGCAACUUUCUCUUCUUUUACUACUCCCUCUGUUAUUUUUCUUCUUGAAAAGGAAACUACAAGCUAAGACUCGUAUAAAGAAUCAUCCCCCAGGCCCUCCUAGCCUUCCAAUUAUCGGCAAUUUUCACCAACUUGGAGUAUUGCCUCAUCAAUCUUUGUGCCAAUAUUCUAAGAAAUACGGUUCUGUCAUGCUCGUAAAACUUGGUCGUGUUCCUACUGUUAUCAUUUCUUCUUCAGGAGCAGCAAAGGAACUCUUCAAAACUCAUGAUCUGAACAGUUGUAGCAGACCUCUUUUGACUGGUAGCGGAAAGCUAUCUUACAACUAUCUUGAUAUAGCUUUUACACCUUAUGGAGAUUACUGGAGAGAUAUGAGAAAGCUUUGUGUUCUUGAACUCUUUAGUGCUAAAAGAGUGCAGUCUUUUCAAUUCAUUAGAGAACAAGAGGUGUCUUUGCUAAUUGAUUCCAUUUCUAAAUCUUCUUCUUCUUGUCCUGUAGAUCUGAGUGAAAAAGCUAUGACCCUUACUGCUAAUAUAAUAUGUAGAGCAGCUUUUGGCAAAAGUUUCCAAGAAAGAGGAUUAGGCCAUGAAAGAUUUCAAGAAGUGAUUCAUGAAGGUUUGGCUACGUUGGGGAGUUUUUGUGCAGCUGAUUUCUUCCCUUAUGUAGGUUGGAUUGUUGAUAGAAUAACUGGUCUCCAUGCAAGACUGGAAAGAAACUUUCAAGAAUUUGAUACUUUCUAUCAGAAGAUCAUUGAUGAUCACAUCCAAAAAGGAAGAGAAGACGGGAGUCAACAACAAGAAGAUAUUAUUGAUGUUUUGCUUGAACUGGAAAAAUCUCACCGUGAAGAAUUUGGAGCUUUUCAAUUUUCCAAAGAUCAUAUUAAAGCUAUUCUUAUGAAUAUUUUCUUGGCUGGAGUGGACACUGGAGCAAUAACCUUAGUAUGGGCUAUGACAGAACUUAUUAGAAACCCAAGAGUGAUGAAAAAAGCACAAGAAGAAAUAAGAAGUUGCAUCGGAGAUAAAAGAAAAGUAUCUGAAAUUGACAUUGAAAAGCUUGGAUACUUAAAAAUAGUAUUGAAGGAAACUUUGAGAAUACACCCACCAGGUGUGCUACUAAUUCCAAGGGAAACUAUGGCACAAUUCAGCAUCAAUGGGUAUGAUAUUUAUCCCAAAACUCGAAUUCAAGUAAAUGUAUGGGCGAUGGGAAGAGAUCCAAAAAUAUGGAAGAACCCUCAAGAGUUUUAUCCUGAGAGAUUCUUAGACAGUUCUAUUGAUUAUAAAGGGAUGAAUUAUGAACUGUUACCAUUUGGUGGUGGAAGGAGAGGCUGCCCCGGUAUAACUAUGGGAAUGACCACUGUAGAACUUGCACUUGCAAAUCUUUUGUUUUAUUUUGAUUGGAAAUUGCCUUAUAAUAUGAAGAUAGAAGAUAUCAACAUGGAAGAAGCACCUGGUCUUACUAUCCAUAAAAAAGAACCUCUAUUGCUUGUGCCAACUAUAUACCAACCAGUGUCAAAAACUGAUCAUGUAAUAGCUAGUUAGUUAAUUAUAGCUAGGAAAUAAGCUCUAAUCUGUGCAUUAAUAAUGUAAACUAAAAUGCACCAAUAAAUAAUUUAUUUUAUUUGUGAAAGUACUUUUAUAAGAUGCUUUUGCCUCUGUGAAUCGGAUACGAAGUAUUUUAUAAUUAGAUGCUACAAGCAGAAAGAUGAAGCAUCGAGUGUUCGACGUAGGUUUUAAAGCACCUGCAUUUUGCAGUCCCAGCUCUUGUUUAUCCACUGCCACAUAUCAUGAUAUGGAUGCAACGCGUAUACUACUUUCCAAGAGAUGCAACAGGAGUUUCCAGCCCAGACCCAGAUACAGUUGGACAAACAGAAGGCCAUGCCAUAAUAGCAGAUGGAGGAACUGAGGGUAAUGAGGCAGUGGUAUAUGCAGGCAGAGAUGCAGAGGCAAAUGCGAGAGGAGAUGUGACAGCUAAUCGCAGAGAUGGCAUGUGAAACUUUCAGCUCCAAUUCAUCCUCCAUCUACAAUUCCAUCUACCAAGUGACACCUCAAAUGACACGAUGUGGACAUAGAUUAGAAUUAGAUGUUUAAUUUUAUCUUGUUUGUGGUUUUAGAGUACAGUUGACGAGGAGGUGUGAAAUGCUGUCAACAGUUUCUUUAAUUCUGGUUACAUGAUUCCUGGCUUUAAUGGGAGCUUCAUGGUUCUUGUUCCCAAA